GCAGACAUCUUGUCUCGAAUACUCUCCAGUUAUUCCCGAAUAUUACAGGUUGAUCUGUCCUUACUCUAAUUUUAUAAGUUCUAAGUAAAAGCUGCCCCGUACGAUGAUGGAUCAGGAGGAGAAUUCCGACUCUUGCAAAUCGAAGCUUGAGGAUAUCCUGAGAGAUGUGGAACUUGAAGAUUUAAUUCCAAGAUUUCAGGAGGAGAAGGUUACAACUUCUCACAUCCCGGACAUGACAGAUCAAGAUCUUAUAUCAUUGGGGGUUUUGAGGAUUGGUCAGCGCCAUGAGCUGAGACAGCACUGCAAGGCUAUAGGAAGAACGCGGCCAAGGGACGUGUGUGGCCUUAUACGCAGCAUGCGUGAAAAAAAGAGAAAGAGGAGUUCAAAGACCGACCUCCCGCUUUCAAAUAUCUAA